AUGCUAUUUGUUGAGACAAUUAUUGAUCUGGAGCCUGCAUUUAAAGAGGCAUGUUCAGAAUCCGUCACUAUCGAUGUUACGCACAAUCGGGUGGAAUCUCGGGUGGAAUCUCGCUCGAUCAGAAUAGACUUUGAGUCCCGAACAAUAGAGACAAAUGACUCGUUUGGAUCUAAAAGUAUCUUUAAUCUGUUUGCGGAUAAUAACCGAGUCAAUAAAACAUUACAAAGAUUCGACAGCAAAGAAUUCAACUACGGAUAUAAUCAAAAACUCCUCAAUGUAUUUAGGGAUUCACCAACAAGAGAUGUGAUUACACCUGCAAAAUUGAUGUACAGAAACGAGACAACUGUAGAACCUCAACAGACUUUUCAGUCUUUAUUUGGAGUAGGAAUGCUGGAUAAUUUGCUUCAGCGUGCGCACUUGGAAUCCAUUUAUGAUGAUGUUCAGCUGCCUGACUCGUGGAUGAUUGGAGGUGAACACAAUGACCAUACUGAGGAAUUUCUGUUUGAAGGUAUUAGUUUUAAAUCUGAGAAUACAGAGAAGUUACUUGCAAAUAGAAACGGAUUCAAUCCAAACGACUCGAAAUUUAGAAUAGCAUCAUCCUUAGCAGGUUCUGGUGGUAUUGAUUAUUUAGAAGGAAUAUCUACCAGACCAACCACCCAAGACUUUCGAAUACCAGUAUUCAAUUUUAAUGAGAGCAUGAAAUUGGGGAUGAAAGAAAAGAAAGGAAAUGGGAAAAAACCCAAGACUCCUGAAGCUGCUGACCUUCCUGAGGUUUCAAUUAAUACAGAUGAUAGCAUAGAUGAAGACUAUAGGGAAGGAUCAUCAUGCUCAAUUUUUGAACCGGUUAAAAGGAAAAAGGGAAGACCAAAGGGGUCCAAGAAUUCAGUGAAGAAAAUAAGACUCCCUAAAAAGAGAGGUCGUAAGCCUAAAAGGGAAACUAGUGAGGAGCCAUCAAUCAAAAAGUAUAAAAAGACUUCGGGUCCUAGAAAGAAGACAGGAUGCUGGACUUGUAGACUUCGAAGAAAGAAAUGUACAGAGGAAAGACCUGAAUGUGCAGAAUGUAUUAGAUUGGGAUUAACAUGUCAGGGUUACAAUAAGGACAGACCAGUGUUCAUGACGAACCCUUCUCUUGCUAGGGAAAUGACAGACGAGAUCAAGAAGAUCACAUUGACACAAAAACGACGUGGAUGUAAGCAGAGAUAUGAGGAGAAAAUGAGAAUGAAGAAUUCAAUCAAGCUGGUUUCACAGGAUGCUACAAUAGAUGAGCCUAUAUGA